AUGAUUCCCGAAGAUCAGGCACACCUUGUGGAAGACAUCGGUUGCACGAUCGAACUCACUGUCGCUGAAACUACGGCAGCAUCCACUGCUGCCCAUGCGACAAUGCAAGAAGAAGUCGCCCAAAUGAAUUCGCAUGGGCGAAACCUUGAAGACUCUCUCUGCGUCGCUCGUGAGACAAUGGCGACCUUAGAAGAGCAAUCUUCCAUCUUGACGACACAUGGUCGCACCCUCCAAGAUUCUCUGCAAAUCGCUCAAGAUAAGAUUGCGCGCCUCUCGCGCGGUUUGGAAUCGUCGGACACCGUAUCGGCUCCUCGCCUGAAGCCGAUCAAGCUGGAAUUCGCCAUGUUCGGUGGAGCGGAGUCUGGCAAACUCCUCCACUGGCUUUACAAGUCAAAACUGCCGCUGACCCCCAGCGCAUCUCCGACGAAGCCACUCGCCUGGCUUUUGCGAUGUCGCACUCAAAGGGACGUUCGGGAGGUCCACAGCUGUGCCUCGCCCGCGCAGUCGGAUCGUGACGUCCACCUCCGCCGGGUGAUUGAGGACCUCCGUGCCAACGGCCACGAGGCCAAUCUGGCCAAAUGUAUGUUUGGCGUCGAUGAAAUCCCAGUCCUGGGAAACUUGAUGGGUGUGAACGGCUGUGGGGCUGAUCCCGACAAGGUAAAGGCCAUAUCGCACUUGGCCUUAAAGACCGACCUUCACAAGUACUCACACAAUUUUGCCACCAUUGCCCAGCCUCUGUUUCGGCUUUUCCUUAAGGACGCUCCUUGGGUUUGGGAUUAUGCGUGUCAGUCGGCCUUCGAAGGCCUCAAGCUCAAUCGCCCCGAUCUUGGCACUCCCGGACUUCAACAACCAUUCUCUGUCGUCUGCGACGCUUUGCAGUUUACCAUCGGCUGUCGCGUGAUGCAGCUGGACGCCUCCGGUCACCCUCGUCGUGGUUCCUAUCAGAGCCGUCAACCACAUGCGGCUGAGCGGGCGUACCCGGUUCACGUUUUAGAACUUCUCUCCAUGAAGUAA